AUGGAAAGCGGAACAACAGGAGCCGCUAGCGCCCAAGCCCUUUUCUCAUUGCCGCAGCGACCCGGCUAUGGCACUGUCGGAAAGCCCAUCAAGCUUCUGGCAAACUGCUUCCAGGUUGAGAUACCCAAGAUUGACGUCUACCUGUACGAGGUUGACAUCAAACCUGACAAAUGUCCUCGCAGGGUCAACAGAGAAGUGGUGGACUCCAUGGUCAAACAUUUCAAGGUGACCAUCUUCGGUGACCACCUUCCAGUUUACGAUGGGAAGAAAAGCCUCUACACAGCUAACCCACUUCCUGUCGCCACUGGCGGGGUGGAUUUGGACGUCACCCUCCCAGGCGAAGGUGGCAAGGACCGCCCAUUUAAGGUCACCGUGAGGUUCGUAUCAUUGGUCAGCUGGCACCUGCUGCACGACGUCCUGCUGGGGCGCGGGACGGCCCAACCAUUGGACCUGGAAAAACCCGUCAGCACCAACCCGGUUCAUGCCGUUGACGUGGUUCUUCGUCACUUGCCCUCCAUGAAGUACACACCUGUCGGGCGGUCCUUCUUCUCCUCCCCGGAAGGUUACGACCACCCGCUCGGUGGAGGACGAGAGGUCUGGUUCGGCUUCCAUCAGUCUGUACGACCUGCUAUGUGGAAGAUGAUGCUCAACAUUGAUGUGUCAGCCACCGCGUUUUAUAAAGCCCAGCCGGUCAUUCAGUUCAUGUGCGAGGUGCUGGACAUUCACAACAUUGACGAGCAGCCCCGCCCACUCACUGAUUCGCACAGGGUUAAAUUUACCAAAGAAAUUAAAGGUCUGAAAGUAGAGGUGACACACUGCGGAACCAUGCGAAGAAAGUACCGAGUUUGCAAUGUAACACGACGCCCUGCAAGCCUUCAAACUUUUCCUUUGCAACUGGAGAACGGUCAGACCAUUGAACGCACAGUAGCGCAAUACUUCCGGGAGAAGUACAACUUGCACCUCAAGUACCCCCACCUGCCUUGUUUACAAGUGGGACAAGAACAAAAACACACCUACUUACCACUUGAGGUAUGCAACGUUGUUGCUGGUCAGCGCUGCAUCAAAAAACUGACCGAUAACCAAACAUCCACCAUGAUCAAAGCAACAGCCCGUUCUGCUCCGGACAGACAAGAAGAAAUCAGCCGGCUGGUGCGGAGCGCCAAUUACAGCGCCGACCCAUUCGUCCAAGAGUUCCAGUUCCACAUCCGCGACGAGAUGGCGCAGGUGACCGGCCGCGUCCUGCCGGCCCCCAUGCUGCAGUAUGGCGGCAGGGUGAGCUCCGAACCCUAUAUGAACCGCACAGUGGCCACGCCCAGUCACGGGGUGUGGGACAUGAGGGGUAAGCAGUUCCAUACAGGAGUGGAGAUCAAGAUUUGGGCUAUUGCCUGUUUCGCCACCCAGAGGCAGUGUCGGGAAGAGAAUCUCAGGAGCUUUACCGAUCAGCUUCGGAGAAUUUCCAAAGAUGCUGGCAUGCCAAUCCAGGGUCAGCCAUGUUUCUGUAAAUACGCCCAAGGUGCAGACAGUGUUGAGCCCAUGUUCCGACACCUGAAGAACACGUACAUGGGCCUUCAGCUCAUCAUCGUAAUCCUUCCUGGAAAAACACCCGUCUACGCUGAGGUGAAGCGGGUUGGCGACACCCUUCUUGGCAUGGCGACUCAGUGUGUCCAGGUAAAGAACGUAGUCAAGCCCUCACCUCAAACGCUGUCCAAUCUCUGCCUCAAAAUCAACGUCAAGCUCGGCGGCAUCAACAACAUCCUGGUUCCUCAGCAACGUCCCUCCGUUUUCCAGCAGCCAAUCAUCUUUCUUGGAGCUGAUGUCACUCACCCUCCAGCGGGAGAUGGGAAGAAGCCAUCAAUCGCGGCGGUUGUCGGCAGCAUGGACGCUCACCCCAGCAGGUACUGCGCAACCGUGCGAGUCCAGAGGCCCAGACAGGAAGUCAUCCAAGACUUGGCCUCUAUGGUGCGAGAACUCUUGAUCCAGUUCUACAAAUCCACUCGCUACAAGCCAACCAGAAUCAUUUUUUAUAGAGAUGGUGUGUCCGAGGGCCAGUUCAGACAGGUGUUGUAUUAUGAGCUACUAGCAAUCAGAGAAGCGUGCAUCAGUCUGGAGAAGGAAUAUCAACCGGGCAUUACGUAUAUUGUCGUGCAAAAACGACAUCACACGCGACUGUUCUGCGCUGAUCGCAACGAACGGGUUGGAAGAAGCGGAAACAUUCCCGCCGGAACGACUGUAGACACUGACAUCACGCACCCUCAUGAGUUUGACUUUUACCUCUGCAGUCAUGCUGGAAUCCAGGGCACGAGCCGUCCGUCCCACUACCACGUGUUGUGGGACGACAACUGUUUCACCGCCGACGAUUUCCAACUCCUCACCUACCAGUUGUGCCACACGUACGUGCGCUGUACCCGCUCCGUCUCAAUCCCGGCGCCUGCUUACUACGCUCACCUGGUGGCCUUCCGUGCACGCUAUCACUUGGUGGACAAAGAACACGAUAGUGCGGAGGGCAGCCACAUCUCAGGGCAGAGUAACGGCAGGGAUCCUCUGGCGUUGGCCAAGGCUGUCCAGAUCCACCACGACACGCUGAGGACCAUGUACUUCGCCUGA